GCAUCAUCUAAGGAUGUUGGUAACAAAGUGGAAGAGACGAUACUUCAUGAAGUUAUUGUAUGUCAGAUGUGAGCUGUCGAAGCAAGUCUGCACGUUUGGUGUUAAAUGGAUAAUUAAGUGGUGUGUACGAGUGACUUCGUAAUAUAAUACUAUCAAUUAAAUGUUUUUUAGGCGCUUUGUUGGUUGUCGUUUUAGAGACAAUUCUCAUUGUAUAAUUUAUACAUGUAACCGUAUCAAGUUUUGCGUCAAUUGUGUUUACAAGCUGACAAAAGAGAAACUGGAUAGAAUAGUUCGUGAAUUAUAAAAAAUUAAACUCAUAUUCAACAUGCCAGAAACAAAACUGAAACCUUUAUACAUUGGCAAAUCAAUUUCAGAUUUGAAAGUUUUAUACAACGUUGAUGAAUUUAUUAAAGGAAAAAAAGCAACAAUGCUCUGUAAUUCAGCCGACAAGUUGCUUGAAACAGCCAAAAAAUGUAGGCGUUCUGGUGAUGAGGAAUUGAGUUACGUUCAGUACAUGAAAUAUCUCACUGUGGUGACCGUGAUUCAGAAAUCACAUGAAUAUCAGAAGGAAAAGGACUAUUUGAAUAACUUACUUGGUUCACAGAAUGUAAAAACUGCAUUAGAUAUUACAGAGAAGCUUGCCAUCAGUUUGGAACAAAGGUAUAAGUUACUGAAUGAGCAACAGAAAAUUGAAGCUGAACAAUUAGUUGAAGAAGAAAGAGAGGCAAUGGAAGAGCUGAAAAGAAAGCAAGUUAAUUUGGAAAAACCAACUGAAGAUACCAGUCUAGUCAAUGGAAUGCCAGGUGCAAAUGAUGUUAGUAUAUCAAGCAGACAGCUGUAUUCUCUGUUAAAUGAAAAAAAAAUGAACAUUUUAAUUCUUGAUUCUCGGCCAGCCACAUGUUAUGCUGAGUCCCGUAUGACUGUUGGAAACUGUAUAAAUGUUCCAGAAAAAAUUGUGGAAGCAGGGAGAAGUGCAGCAGCGUUGGAAAAGUCACUUCCUCCUGAAUCAAAGUUGGCCUGGGGUAAAAGGAAAGAUGCAGAUUUGGUUGUUCUAUUAGAUUGGUUCACAACAGAGAAAUCUCAUCAGCCUGGAACCAAUCUCUACACUCUUAAGAGUAUUUUGAUUAAGUGGGAUCCUGAUAUCAUCUAUAAGUCUGCUCCACUUAUUCUGGAAGGAGGUUAUGAAGAAUGGUUACUGAAAUACCCCAUGCUCACUACAAAUUCUCAAGUGAAACCACCACAUAAUCCUGGUCUCUCAGAAAUGGAUGAUCUGUUAGAUGAUGUGGAAUAUCCAAAUUUGAUGGAUGCUUCUCAGCCAGUUAUUGAUCGUGCAUCUAAGCCACCUUCUUGUGCAAGUGGUAGCUUAACAGCAGACAGUAUGAACAGUGUGCAAGUAGUGACACAGGAUAGUGUAAGUGAGGUUCAUUCAAAAGUCUUCAGCUCUUCCUCAGACAGAACAAGCAGCAUUGUAAGGCCAAGUGUGGAUCGUGGAUCCAAAGCUGCAGCUUUGCAGACAUACAAAGAGCGAAGUGAGGCAGUAACUGAGCUACUUCGUGCUAAGGGACUAGCAAUUAAAUCUCAAGUGAUGGAGGAAUCCAAACUAGAAGCAGAUAAGGAGUGGGAAGUAUUGCGAAUUAGCAAGGAGAAGGAAGCUGAAGAGGAACGUACAAAGCUUCUGCAGAACAGAGAAGAAGAGCUCUUACUCAGCAUUAGCAAACUAGAAGAGAACCUGCAGGCAGAGGAAAUAGAGAAACAACUACUAAAGGAUAAAUUAGAACAUUCUAAGCAAUUGGAGGAAGCAGCAGAGAAGGCACAGAGUCAAAAGAAAGAAGCUGAGGCAAAAGAAGAAGAUGUAAAACAGCUAGUGAAAGAACAAGAAGGAAGGAAAGCAUCAGAGGAGAGACAACGAAUGAAAGAUGCUGAACAAACGAAGAAGCUAGAAGAAGAGAAACAAAAAGAAAGAGAGAGUCAAGAACAUGAGAAAGGUACAUAUUACACACAGUUAAAAAAUGAUGAACCAUCAAGAUCAGGUAUAAUGAAGCGCUCUCACUCAUCUCCCAAUAUAGCACAGUUGGUAGAGGAUCUAGAUGUGGGGGUUAAACAUAAGCCCCCACAGUUUGAUCGAAAAAUUAAGCCUCUUCAGAAGCCACAACCUUCAGAGAUAAAUGCAGCACGCCAAAGAGACUUCAGUGCUGUAUAUGGGAACAAGGGUCACGGAAUUACUGGAUUAAAAAAUCUAGGCAACACCUGUUACAUGAACUCCAUCAUCCAAUGCAUAAACAACACCACCCCAUUAGUGCGUUACUUCUGUUUGGGAGAUUACCAUGAGGAUGUGAACCAUCACAAUAACAGUACACAGGGUGAAGUUGCAGAGGAGGUUGCAGCUGUAGUAAGAGCACUGUGGUCUGGGGAAUUCCGAUCCAUUACUUGUCGAGACCUGAAGAGAGUGGUGGGUCAACAUAGGAAGCAGUUCCAAGGUUAUGAACAGCAAGAUUCACAUGAAUUCUUUACUAUUCUUAUGGACUGGCUUCAUGAAGAUCUUAAUAAGCGGAGCAGGAAGUCACCCUUAAAAGAAACAAGUAAUGACAACUUGUCACCAGCAGAUCAAGCUUGGGAUAAGUUCCGUAGGUGCAAUGUAUCACUGAUCCGAAAUUUAUUUUAUGGCCAGCAGAAGUCCACAGUUCGUUGCUGCAAGUGUAGUGAAGAAUCGGAGACGUAUGAAGCAUUCUCAGACCUAUCACUGCCUCUCCCCAGCUCCAGUAAUAAGUGUUCACUCAAUGAGUGCAUUAAAUUGUACCUAUAUGGUGAGAAGAUUUCUGGAUGGAAUUGUCCAUCCUGUAAGGAGAAGCGUGAUGCCAUUAAGAAGUUUGAUAUUCAGAAACUACCUCCCAUCCUUGUCAUACACUUGAACAGGUUUUAUCAUGAUGGCUGGUGGCGCAAGCGGCAAACAUAUGUAGAUUUUCCAUUUCAUUUGGAUAUGAGUCAGUUCACACUGGUUCCAGGCCAGCGAUAUGUCAGCUAUGAUUUAUAUGGUAUAUCGAAUCAUUAUGGCACUAUGGAAGGUGGUCAUUAUACUGCAUACUGCAAAAAUGCUGAAUAUGGCAAAUGGUAUAAAUUUGAUGACCAUGAAGUGAGUGAGAUCUCUAAUAAUUCUGUUCGUUCUGGUGCUGCAUAUAUCCUCUUUUAUUCAUCUGUCGAAUAUAAGGUGCCUGGAAAUAGCAGCUGAAGAACCCUUAUUAGAUGAGUAUAAUUUCAAGAGGCUUAUUGAACUCAUCAUUGACUAAGUAGGAUUUUAGAUUCUUACAGUGAUGAAUACAAAUAUGGCUGUCUUCUGGGUUAUAGCACCAUGUAGUCUAGUAGAAAUAUACCAGCAUUUCAGAUGUUCUUGCUGCUUCUAUCAUCUGAGCAAUGAGGAAUCAUUUUGAGAUAUAGGAACUAGUCAGAACCUUGAUCGGACCAGUAGGAAAUAAGGUGAGGAUCAAGUGAGAGCAAGGGAGCUAAUGGGAGAAAGGGGGACAUGCCAUCGCCUGGCCAGAAAGAGGGAAAGGACGCUACCUUUAUAAUGGCCUCUCAGGUUCCAUUGGGUAGAUCACUGGAAAUAAGGAAGUGUGGGUGGAUGGAAGGAGGAGGAUAUGAGGAAAGAAAUACAUGGGGAGAGACAGUGUACUAAUUUACAUGAGAGAUUAGAGGGAGGGAGGGAGGAAGGAACUGACCUGGGACAGGUGAUGUCCUGAAAAGGAUAGUGUGGUGGUCUAGUGGCCAGAUGAGAACUGGCAAUGCUGUAUUGGAUGCUUUCUACAUCCCUAAAUCCUUUGAGAGAGUGGAUGAGGGGCUUCUGUGAUUGGCUCAGGUGAAGGCCAUCCUCCCUGUUCAUGUUGUUGGGUGUAGCUUGGUCUUAGUGGCCUUCCUGAUCAUCUGGUCCACAUAUCUUGAUGUGGUGGAGAGGAUGUUAGUGUCCUGGAGUUCAGUUUGGCUGUGGCAUGCCACACCUUUCCUAUUGGCUCCCUUGCCUGAUCCUCACGUUAUUCCGUACUGGUCUGGUCAAGGUUCUGCCUUGACUGACUGAUUUCUAUAUCUCAAACCAAUUUGUGCACAUUUUACUCAUUACCCUGAUGAUGGAAGCAGUAAGAACCUCUGAAACAUUGGUAAACUACCAGACAAUCCAGAAAAACCAACCAUUUUUAUCAUUGACUGCAUUAGUUAUUAUAUGAGUGAACAAGAUAUCCUGUAUCCUAUGUCCUGUUUUGCUCAGCUGUUAUGUCAGGAAGACAACAGAUUCUGAUAAAGAUUGAUCAGCCUUCUAGGGUUUCUCAAAUGGAGUCAUAAUUUUAUCAGAACUUGACCAUAUUUAAUGUCAGUAUGGUUCUGGAAGCUUUGCCAGACAGAGCAGUCAUGUGUCUUUGGGACUUUGUUUUGUGAUGAAUCAUAAGACACAGUUGGAUUAUCAUUAAAAUAAAAUUGUUUAAUGAAAAUCGUAGGUAUAUGCCCUAAAGCCAUAUUUACCAUGUUGAUGUAAAGGUAAGCAGUUUACAGUGUUAUAUGAUUAAAGCCCAUUUUACUUAAACAGAAAUUUAAAAUGGCAAUUAUCACCUGAAAAAGGAAUUGCUUGGUUAGUGCAACUUAAUGGUUGCCCAUCUUAGUAGUAAAAUAGAGGGACUGUUUUGUAGCUUAAUCUUGAAGCCUUUCGGUGAGCAUUGUAUAUGCAAAGGAGUAUCAGACAAAAUAUUGUUUCCAGCCCACUUUUAAAAUAUUGGUUUUUCUCUGUGACUUAGUAAAUGAAUUUGUAUAGGCAUUGGGAGGGAAGCAUAUUGCCUUCAGUAUCAUAAAACAAAAAUCAUAAGGUUUUGGGAUUGUCCACAGUUUCAGUUAUGUUGAAAUUCUCAAUGUAGCAUCCUGUCUGUCAGUGAGGCAGAGAUUUUGUACUGAUGAGUAAAAGAAUAAAUGGUAUUUCAAUGGAGAAUUGCAUAUGGACAUGAAUAAUGCAUUAUUUAGAAUAGAGUACAGUAAAUAUUGUAGUCAACUUUAAGUUAGACAUGUAAAAUGUGUAAGGUAUAAACUUCAACUAUUUCAGUUAAGAUUACAUGUUAUGUAUUAUAUACUCAUAAGGAAAUUGAUGGUAUGCUUCCAGAAUCUUAAUAUUGGAUGAAUGUUUCAUGGAUUGACUAAUUGUUUUAAUAGGACUUAGAUCAGUUUUAAGGAAGCAUAAUUGAUUGAUAUUGUAACUGCUGUGACACAGGAAAGAAAUAGUGUAUUUUCUUGUAAAAUGCAUUGAAUUUUUAAGAAAAUAUUAUUUAUGAUGAAUGUCUAUAAAUGGUGUACAAAUAAGAAAUAAUAUUAUUUUCAUAUUUCUGUACAUAUAUGUGCAAUAUGCUUUGUGUUUUAAAUGAAUAACAGUAGCUUAGUAAAAUAAUUAAUUUAAAAUUGUCCAUGUAUUUAUGCUGGUGGCAUUGAGAACACUGAUAAUAAUUACAGCACCAACUUAGAUAAAAUUACAUUCUAACUGUAAAGUAGAGCUUGCUGUUUUUUAAAUGCAUUACAUAUAUAAAUACAUCAUUAUUCAUACUUCAAUGGAUUGUUUCAGUUUUUGAUUGGUGAAUGUUUUUUCUGUUCCAAGUAAUUGAUGAUAUCUUGUCUUUUCAGUGGAAAUGUGUGGAACUUAGUUCAAAGUAACUCAAUGAUAAUUUUCUUUGUCCAUGAUUAUUAUACUAUGCUUUACCAAAUAAUUGUAGUGUUUCUUUUUCUAAAUUGUGAAUUCAGGAAGCAAAGUAACAAAACAUAAUUUGUAAUUCAUUGUGAAUAAUUGCUGAAAGGACAAUUAAAACCCUUGUUCACUACAUUAUACAGUGUGGUACCAGAUGCUAUAUACUUUGUCCAACACACCAUUUAGUACAGCAUGGCUCUGUAUAAUAGUAUAAAUCAUCUGUUAUAAUUAUAAUUAUGGGUGUAGAUGUGCAAAAGCUUCCAUUCAUAGUUUGAUGAUUGAGGUCAUACCAGUUCUUAGUAUCUGACUUGCCUCAGUGCUGUCAACAUUUACUUUUUAAGCACAGUUACAUUUUUGUGGAAAAGAGUGUGGCAAAAAUUAAUAGUUGCAGAAAAGAAGGAAAAUAUUAAAUGAUUGCUUACCCAGACCUGGUGGGAAGUAAUCUUUUCAUAUAUCCCUACCAAGCAGUUACUCUUCUCUGCAAUGAAUGAUACAGCAGUUACAGCAAAACAGAUGAGCAAUACAUCUCCAAAACUUACAUUACAUUAAACUUAAUAAGUGUAAUCAGUGAUGUUUCCAAUUGAUUCUGUCGUAAUGUGCUAAAUCCUAUGGAGUCCAUACCAUUGCAUCAAGCAUUAAGAUUUUAUUUACCAUCAGAUACAAGCACUGUCUGAUGGUAAAUGAAAUCUGUUAUAUGUUUAAUUACUUAUUUUGAACAGAACCAUUUCUCUCUGGAGGUUUGUUGUGUGAAAGUGGAGUGAUUGUAGUGUUGGAAUGUGUUUCCUUGUACAUAAUUAUGAAAAUGUGAAUUGUGUAAUUUAGUAUAUUGCCAGUUUUCUGGGGUAGCGAGCAAAGACGCAAAAUAUCUGUGAUCGGAAGUUACAGAGGAGUAAGCAGUUAUAAGCAGGUCUGUUGUUGUAAUUUCAGAACAGUUUGUUAUUUAUACUGUCCAUUUAAAAAUAGACUGAGAAGUAGUAUACUCAUAUAUAGAUAUUUCUUGUUGAAACCUGUUGUAUGAAAUCUUUGACAGUUCAUGCAUGGCAGCACUUCUCCACUUCCACUACGGCUGUAUAUGUUUAAUGUUAACGGGGUCAUAAUUAAGGAACAAAUUCCUGAAUAUUUUAGUUUACCUCUGUCAUUUUAAAAGUUGAUAACCAAUUUAUUGUCUGUGCUAGGGGUGGGCAAACUCUCUACCAUGGAGAGUUUCAAUUUUCACUUUUUUUUAACAUUUACUCUUGCUCUUUCAUAUUCAGCUACAAGUCUGACACUCUGUUGAGGACUUUGCCCAAGCUCAGCCACUGAAUGUUGAAAUGAUAUGGUAUUCCAGUAUAUUCAACAUCCAGGUUUUCCAGCAGGGAUGUGAACUGUCUGUGACUCAAACCUAUUGUUCAUAUGAAAUUCACAAAUCUCACAACUGUGCUUAUCUCAUGAUCCAUAUUCAGAACUAUUUGGCAGAGUACCUCCUGGAAAUACAUCAUUUCUUGAUCAGAAGGUAUUGUCCAUUGUAUCUUACAUUCUUUUUGAAAGGCCUGUAUUUUUAUCUGUUAAAUUCAGAGCCAUCUGUGGUUAUACUAUGUAAGUUACUCUGUGAUAGAUUGUAUCGUUGACAGCCUUUCAUACAGGUCUCUGCCAGUUGUGUCUUUCAGAGAUUCCACUGAAAGUAAUUCAGUGAUGAUAUUGAAGUUGUCUGUGGUCUUACCUUGUAUAAAUAUCAGCAGUUGAGGUGUGUCACUUGUGUCUGUACUGUCAUCCAACAUUACCAAGAAGUACGUAUCAUUUAACUCUGUUAUUAAAUCACCAUUUUUCCAUAUGUCAAACAAUUAUUUGCGAUAAACUCAUAUUUUCAAACAUUGUUUUGUUUUUCAGACCAGCUGCUUCAGUUACGUGCAUUAUACAGUGUUUCACAAAAAUUGUCUGAAAACAGUUUACUAUGCAUAGUAAUGUUAUAUGCCACUGAAGUCUUUGUUGGGUUGCUGCUUUUUGCACUUGCUCUGGGAUGUUAAAACUCUUGUUGCUUUUUGAAAUUCAAUGCCAUUUCUUUGGCUUUCCUUGCUCUUGCUUCCAAAGAUUAAUUGGCAUGAUAUCCUGCAUUUUUUGAAGUAAAGUGGUAUUUCAGAUUAAAAAGUUUGAGUGCUGAGACUGUGUUAUCACAAAUUAGGCACACAGCCCUAGAUCCAACAUCUGUAAACAUAUUUCCACACCUAUAAUAACUGUCUAUUUUUAAUUAAUUCCUUAUACUUAUUUUACAAGGACAGUACAGAGUAAUACAGUUACAAUAGUUUAUUGCAUUCAGUAAAUACCUCUUCUUGUAAACAAAAUAGACAGUUCUCCCAGAACCACUGAUUUCAUGGAACAUUCAUACUCAACUGACAAAAACCAGUGGAAAUCUUACUUUAACUCUGUUAAAAGAACUGCAUGAAUGUGGCAUCACAGAGAACAUAUUUUCACCCCAUGUAAUAAGGCAUUGCCACAAAUGUAUGCUGGUACUAAACUAUAUAUGCACUGUAUUUUAUGUGCUAUAGUUCUUUUAGAACUAACAAAUUAACUUUACGUUUUAGUAUGGUCAGUAUUUUAUUUUGAGAUAAAUAAUUUAAUAAAUAAAUUUAUAGGUUCGAGAUGGAGCAAAAGCUUAUGUGAUCUUCAUCCAGUCCACAGAUCACAGUUUGCCCAUCCCUCAAUUAUGCUGUAUGCUGUAAAAUCGUAAUUGUGAAGGUAUUGGUCAGUUGUGUACAAUUUUAUUUUGUUUUGUGAUACUGUACGUGGAGGUUGGAGAAUCCACUUUUAUCUCGCAAAGGAGAGAUUGUCCCAGAUACACUGUAAUGUUGGUUUUGCUGUUCUUAUACAGAUGCAGUUAGCAUUUAAUUAAAUAAAAAUAUCCUUUUUUGUAAAUAUGGUAAUUGACUCUGUCCCUUUCAAUAAUGACAGUUGUCCAGUUAAGUCUAUGUGACCCUGCCUGAUGACUGAGAUAACAUUCUGUGUCAGAUUUUUUGUUUUUAUGAUUAUAGAUUAAAAAUUAUAUGCAGUU